AUGCCACCCCCAGAGGCCCCCCCGGCCAAGAAAUUACGCCUGACGCAGACCCAAAAGCAGGCAUUGAUGGAUAACCUACAGCUCGAGAUCACCGAAAGAGCUCGCAAGCUUCGAUCUCAAUAUGCUCUUCAGGCGAAUGACCUGCGUGCCCGCAUUGAACGACGCGUCAACCGCAUCCCCAUCUCUCUGCGCAAAGCCAACAUGGGUGAACUCUACAAAAAGCACACCGCCCACAACUUAACAUCACCCUUGCGAAGGCCCUCGCCCACGAAGAGCAGAGUGGUAACCAACACUUCCGUGGGCCCAGCAUCACCAGCUGGUCGUGCCCGACGCACUAGGCAAGGCAACCGAUCAAGCCACUCCCCAUACCCCGCUAACAGCAAUAAUAGCCACGAAGGAUUUUCUGAUAAGGAGAACGCGCCCGCAACUGGCACACCCGAGGGAUUGAAGAAUCCUAAGCGCCGCAAUAACCCCAAGGCAGCGGGCUCACGCGUCGUCUCCCAGGAAGUGCGCAGCAACGAUCACCGCAUUCUUUCCCCCAAGUCUCUCAACUCUCGCACAUACCCACAAUCGCCCUUCCGCGCCUCUCCUGAGAAAGGCCAGCCCUCAUACCUGUCGCGUCCAACCUCUCCACUUAAGCCAUCAAGCCCACUCCGCGCAGCGGGCCCUGGAACACGCCCCCGCGGCGCGACAACCUCCACCGUUAGAGAUGGCAUGCAGCCCAUGCAACCAAAGAAGGCUGGUACCCGUGCCGCAACCGGUCCCCGCUCCGUUCGAUCCCCCUUGCCUCGUCCGGCAACCCGUCAAGGCGAACGCCGAUUGAGCAAUGGUUCGACCGCGUCAUCUAGCACAACUGUCACAAAGUCUACUCGUGCCACCGGUGCCCGCAAAGCAACCACAGGAGCACCCGCUACAAAGAAACCCGCCGUACCUCGCGCCCAGACCGCAUCAUUGGCUGUUAAGAAGACUGCCGCCAGUGCAGCUUCUGUGCGGAAAGCCACCGCCCCGGCGGCCGCAGCGGUAGAGGCAUCGGGCCGUGGAACUCGUGCGCUCCGGAAGCGUGUGUGA